GUCGAACAGUCACAAAAUAAGCGCUUCAUUGAGUUAUGCGUAUGGAGCUGCUCGUUGAAAUGCAUAGCAAUCUUAGUGCGGUAUGUUGAAUUCUCUGUAAAUGCUACGGCUCGCAAUACAGUAACGCUAACUUCUUUAAAAUUUUUCAUUAUUUAUCAGGCUCACUUUAAUGAGCGGUGUGCUAAACAGUGUAUGAGAGUCGGAAAUAUCGAGGGAGCAAUCUGUUACUACAAAAAGUCUAUUGCCUUAAUGGAACUAGUUCGAGAAGAGGUUGAAGAAGGAGAUCAUGAUUACGUGAUUAUUGAUUUACAGUUAUCAUCACUGAAGUUGAGCUUAAGUGAGGCAGUGGCGAGAAAGGCCGAAACAAUAUCUGGUGACCGAAACGCUUAUUCGAAGACGAUUCCUUAUAACCAGUUACCGAAAAACGAAAAAUUAACCGACACUUCGUCAUACUCAUCUCUAUUCUCUAAUCAAACAUCCAGUUUAAUGGAACAAACGGCUGCUGUUAAACUGCCUAAGACUGAAUUCCAAACACGUGAAGAAUUAGUUACGUGUAUUGAAGAACUUCGAAAACUUGUGGAUAUGUUGACAUCUCAACUAAGUCGAGUUCGUCAGAUGCUUUCAGAAGAACGUGAACGUCGCCUUGCGAUAGAGGCGGAACUGAUGUCUUCAGGCGGUUUCAAUUAUCAGUCCAGUGAAUCCUUGACCUAUCACAAUUCUGAUGACGACGAUGGUUUUGAUGAAAACAGACCAUGUAUUUUCACAGACCUAUCAAAACGUACAAGUUUGAACGUUAAUGGAGAUAUCCCACUAUCAACUGAGACAGAUUCAUUCAAUGAAGAUUCGACUUUACGCAAAUCAUGUCAAGUAUCAAAUACUGAUAUAUCGGACUCAUUAAAUCCAAAAUAAUGUCAUAGACCUCGUGCAUCAUGCUUGACUUUUUUUAUUGACUAUCAUUUCCACUACCACAGCUCCCCCGGUGUUCGAUUCAGUAUGAAAGAGAAUCAACCGUUUCGCAGAUAAUUCCUUGAAGUUAUACGUACGGGCCGGCUAUUUAACAUGGGUCAUUUUUCAAACGAUAGACCUUUGUUACUCAACGAAUAUUACUUUAUUUCAUUUAAAUCACUGCGUAUGCAUUUUUCUGCUUUGCUUGUCCUUUUCUUUUAUACGUAUUUUUUGAAUAGCAUACAUUAUGAUGAAGACCACAAAUCUUUCAUCUUACUAUCCUUAAUAUUCAAAUAAACUGUAUGAUGUCUUUCAAACAGAGACUAAUAAUUCAUCCACUCAGUGGUCUCCAUUCCCGUUAACAAAAAAAAGAUUUGUCUUUCAAAGAGUACAAUAGUUAUGAUUUUAGUCUAUUUUUAACCUAAAAUAUUGAUCAACAUUUACAUUAUUUCUUACAUAAAUAAAUUAUUGAAAAUAUCCUACGUUUCAUUUCGUUAUAUACAUUAUACUUUACAAUAUAGAUUGAUAUUACACACG